UCCUUACUACUCCUACUACUGACUCACAUACGAAGAAAGAGGGAAAGAAAGAAGGAAAGAAAAAGAUUAAUUUAAAAAAAAAAAAAAAACAGAAAGAAACUUCCCCUAUUCGGCUAUUCCCCUCAUUCGAUACCCUCUUUCUUGUUUAGUCUUAACAAAACCACCGAACCCAACAACAAUCCGUUUUCGGAUGCUUUAGACCACAAUGGAUGAUUCGGAGAAAUUGACGGCGUUGAAGAAGGCGUACGCCGAUAUAAUACUGAACACGGCGAAGGAGGCCGCGGCGCGAAUCAUGGUGUCGGAGAGGACCACUAAGGAAGAGGCGCUUCAGAUGCUUCUCAGACUCAAACAAAUGCUUGAUUCUAAGGCUAAAGAAGCAGAGCUGACAUCACAGACUCAGCAGAAGAAGAUUGAAGAGCUUGAAGCUCAGCUUCAAGAAGCCGAGGAAAUAGUCAGAGACCUAAGGGCUGAGCUGAGAGAAGUGCAGGAUGAGCUGGAGAAUGUGACCAAACACCAAAUGCAUCCCUCAGUUGAACAAAGCAUAGACGGUGAAAUUGAGGCUCAGGAAAGUCUUCCACAGGAGAACAGACUUAAUCCUUAUGAUGGAUCUGUCAAUUCUGCUCCUGAUUUACAGUUCGAAUCAGCCUCAGUUUCUGAUGUUAGGGAUCCAAUUGUAAAUGGAAUAAAUGCUGGAGGUAAAUGCUGUGGGUCACAUGAUCAUACAAACAACUGCUACAUUAAUAACCCCGAUUUUGCAUCCAUAGUCAUUAGGAGGAAAGAGCAUGAGCUUUACAGAAAUGGGUGCACACAGAGAGUACGGGCAUUUGAACGGAGCCUCUUUGAUGGAAAUAUGUCAGCUUCAGAAAAUUUGGAUAGUCUGCCCGCUGAAACUUCAGUAAGAGUGCAUGAAGAAGCUAAACUGAUGCCUGUGGCAAUUGAUGCCAAAGCUGAUAAUAUUUCAGAGCAAGCGAAGCCAGAUGAAUCUAAAUUGGUGGAAGAAAAUGCUGGCCUUGUUGAAAUCCCUGUGCAUAGGAAGAAAAGAAGAUACGGUAGACAUGCGGGUCUUCUAUAUGGUAGAAAGAUGAGUCUUCAAUAUGGUUUGUAUUCUGACAAGAUUGAGGAAACAAAUAAAGCAUCAGAUCUUUUUCAUGACAAUGGUUCUCCAUGUGUAUUGGAUAAAAAUGACCUCUCAAUGGUGAAACCUUCUAUUUUGAAUGAAAAUGAAUCUCAGAAGGAUCUUACAUCUCCUCCUGUCACUAAAGUGCCCACAAAUGCGAAUAGCAGGGUUGAGAAAUCAGGAUCUCAUAAAGAUACUGAAAAGGGAGAAGUAUUUCUUAAAGCUUGCAAUGGUCUGAACAGAAUUAAAGAUGAUAAGGAAUUGUUGGAUAAAUCAGACUUGACAAGAGAAGAGAGUUUGUCCACAAAAUGCUUGGAGGUUCCAGCAUGUGGGGCAGAUGGUGAGGCCCCUAAUGGAUCACCAGAUAAGCUAGAUGCGAAGGUUUCUGAUUUAGAUGAAAAAGUUUCUUGUCCAUCUUCAAAUGAUAAGUUUCUCAAGUACACAUUCCGGAGAAAACGCAAGAAGGAGUCUGUUGGCACCCCUGAUGUUGAUUGCUCUCCUGAAAAUGGCAGUUUAAAACAAAAGUGUGUAGAGAAGCAAAAUGGUAAUGCGGAGCCUCAGAAGUCUUGCACAAUGACUGAAUCAUCUCGGGAUAGCAGGCGAUUAGCACAGGUUGCUCGACAGCUCAUAUCUUUGUCUGAGAAGAAAUGGUGGCAGUAGCCAGUAGGGAAACCGUCUAAUGCUAUGAUGAAGCGAAAGAGCUGAAAGAAAGCAGUCCAAUGAGCUUGUGUUUCUAUGAGGAUGAUGCUUUACGUUUGGUAGAGCUGUGGAAUGUGUUAAUAAUAUAACAUGUAUUACUAUAAUAUAUCUACGUUGUUAUCAUCCGUAGCUUAGAUUAUAUUAUUAUUAUAUAAAAAACAUAGAUUUAUGUAUGUUGUUGCUGCCCUUUUUUACGGGGGCCAUGUUCGCAAUAGAAAUUUUGCUGAUUAUAAAAUUUUAUAUUCCCGC